AUGGACGACAAUGGUAACCGAUCCAUUAUUCGAAAUGUGAAAGGACCUGUCCGCGAAGGGGAUAUCUUGACUCUGCUGGAGGCCGAGAGAGAAGCGAGAAGACUUCGUUAA